CACAACGGCAAUUAGAGACAUGAUUAGCAAAGGUUAAGUGCUUCGCGCCUCCUCGGCCUCUGGCUUCUUUCGGCUAAAACGGUACAACGCACGUGGUGUUUUUUCACUGGCAUGGCUAACAGUCCUGACACAAGACUCAAGCUUCGGGUUCGCUAUACCCAACAUCCUCCUGCACAGUUUCUUGAGGAAUUCAAGAAAUUUGUUGCUUUGCACCCUGGCGUCAUUCUCGACGAAAUAGAUUCUGCCCCAUCUGAGGAAGUGGAUCAAGGGUCAGAUGGGUGCAAGGCAUCAGGUGGCGAGGUUCCCCCUCCAACAAAGAAACCGAAGAGAGGUGUUUCCCGAGUGAAGCACAUAGGGCCAGGGGGUGAAGCCGGUCCUUCAAGGCCUAAGAAAGGUCCUAUAGGCUAUGAUCAGAGUGAUCCUCCAGUCCUGGAUGGAGAGGGUGCCUGCCCGUAUUGCCACCUGUCACCGUGUGUUAGAGCCAGACCACCCAGCUGGCUGAUUGGAAGUGCGGCACCUAAUUUGGGCAAUAUGGUAAAACGAUACAAAUUGUAUCGCAAGUACUACACACUACUCGGACAUUUGGGGGUGUGGAAUCACCCUUUGUACAUGGCCUACAAAGCAACGAAGACGAGUGGAAAGGAUGUGCUGCCAGACUGUGUAUUGACUGAGGUGCGUGGACGGUUCCCAAACCCAACAAAUGUUCCGUACAGAAGCGUACAACCAUCAUGUCCUUUUAUUGUUUAAUUAUUUAUGGUGAUCCACUUACUUUACAGAUAUUCGUCAAGAACAUGUACACCAUCAUGCAUUCUACUGUUGAAUUCGUUAUUACUUAUCACAUCAUGGCUGAGCUACUUAUUAACCAA